CAUUUUAAUAUCACGCUUAGAGCCAUUAAUCACAAGCUCAAGAAACAAAAUGAGCGUCUCCACGAAAGCCGUACGCCCAUGCACACUCUCAUCUGCAGCUACCCCAACAACAACAACAACAACAAAACCAACAGCACAUAUAGCAUUCCGAAAGUCGAUAGAGAACCAAACCAUGAAUAAUUUGGAGCGCUUGCUUGACCCAAUUGACUACAACUCAUUAAACACUUGCCGUUUUUCACCCAGACCUGUCAGACUUGGUAAGAGAUGGAAGGAGUAUCAAGGCAUUCAAAACUGGGAAGGUCUCCUUGACCCAUUAGAUGAUAAUCUGCGGGACGAAAUUCUUCGAUAUGGUGAGUUCGUGGAAGCUGCUUAUAAGUCAUUCGAUUUUGACCCUUCAUCACCUACCUAUGCAUCAUGCCGUUUCCCAAAAAACACAUUGCUUGACCGCUCUGGUCUACCCCAAACCGGAUAUCGCCCGACCAAACAUUUACGUGCAACAUCAGGUAUCAAUUUGCCACGUUGGAUGGACAAGGCGCCUACUUGGCUGUCGACUCAGUCCAGCUGGAUUGGUUAUGUGGCAGUCUGCCAGGACAAAGAAGAGAUUGCACGGCUAGGAAGACGCGACGUUGUCAUGGCUUUUCGAGGUACUGCCACGUGUCUUGAAUGGCUAGAGAAUCUGCGUGCUAGACUUACUCACCUACCGGGUAAUAAUGUUUCCGGGGCCAUGGUAGAAAGUGGGUUCCUCAGCUUGUACACUUCGGGAAACGCCAUUUCGCCAAGUUUACAAGACAUGGUUCGUGAAGAGAUUAAUCGGUUGCUUCAAAUCUAUGGCGAAGAGCCUCUUAGUUUAACCAUCACGGGCCAUAGCCUUGGCGCUGCUCUGGCUACAUUGGCUGCUUACGAUAUAAAAGCCAACUUCAACCAUGCGCCAAUGGUGACUGUCAUCUCUUUUGGCGGUCCACGUGUAGGUAACAGGAGCUUCCGGCAACACCUUGAAAAACAAGGAACAAAAGUGUUACGAAUUGUGAACUCAGAUGAUCUAAUAACCAAAAUACCUGGUUUUGUAAUAGAUGGAGAUGAUCACGUAUCAAAUGUCAAAAUGGCCGGCUUACCGAGCUGGAUACAGAAACAGGUGGAAGAUACACAAUGGACAUAUGCAGAGAUUGGCAGAGAGCUGAGACUGAGUUCCCGGGACUCUCCCUAUGUUAACAGUAUAAAUUUUGCCACGUGUCACGAGCUGAAGACGUAUCUUCACUUGGUUAAUGGAUUUGUGAGCUCCACUUGUCCAUUUAGAGCUACUGCUAGAAAUGUCCUCAACAAUCAUGCUAGAUCAAAAGUUGAGAUUUAGAGCAACCGAAUUUAAAUUCAAAUUACAAAAAAAAAAAGAAAGAAAGUGAUUCUAAGGUGUAUAGUCAUACAGAAAGUAUAUAAAUCAUGUAAUUUUGUAGACAGAUUAAAUGAU